AUGUCAUCGAUGCAAAGUAUGAGCCAGCAGUCGAUGAAGGCAGAGGAGGGCGAGGUUUACUCUGCUGAGCCUAAUCUUCCGCCAAACACAUCUAGCAGCCAGGCGUUCGGCUACGAGCAUGGAACAAGCAGCUGGGUGUCGACAGAUCCGGGUCCCGGCGUUGCAAAGACAGCCGGCGGCGCGAAUGAUCCGUGGGCGGCUUAUCCGGACGGCUUGCCGGAAACCGCGGAUUUGUCCUCCUAUACCUCCCAUGCGCCAGUCGCGACCUUGUCGACGGGGUGGUCGGCAACGCCGCCCGGACUUCAUAGGGUAGACAGCAGCUCUCGCCUCGAUACAUGGAGGGCCUAUCCACCGGGAACGAGAUCAAUGUCCUAUAGCGACGAUCAGUCAGGACAAUUCAUGCCGCCGACGAGACCAUACGAGAGGGUGCAACCGCCGAUUGCGACUAAUGCUGUGCCGGAAGCAAGCAUGGGUGCUCAUGGCUCCCUCUCUGCUGGUGCCAUGCCGCAUGCGACGUACAGUUCAUGGCAAUUGCCAUACCAAUAUUCCAGAUCCAACGAAGAUUACGGCGUUUGGUACGAAGACCGUGAGCACCAUGCGUCGGAAGCGCAUAUGUCGUCUGUGGGAGAAGAUCCAUCACAAGCCGGAGGUAUGUACUACGGCGGGAGAUGA